UAUAUAGGGGUAUUUAUCCCUUACCAAACACUUCAGGAAAACAUUAAGUAAUAAAAAACUCAUAAAGAGAAGAUGAACAAAAAUAGCGUUCACGUUGUAAUGGUUCCAUGGUUAGCAUUUGGUCACUUGAACCCAUUUUUACAACUCUCCAUAGCCUUAGCUAAAGAAGGAGUUCAUGUCUCUUUCAUUUCCACUCCCCGAAACAUUAGGAGACUUCCUAAAGUUCCUCCCAACUUAGCACCACUAGUAAAUCUUGUGGAGUUUCCACUUGCAAAACUCGAUAACAGCCCGUUGCCCGUUGAUGCUGAGGCUAGCGUAGACAUUCUUCCUGAUCAAAAUUUCUAUUUGAAAAAAGCUUAUGAUCUCCUUCAAGAACCCAUCAAACACUUCAUUGCUGAUAAAAAACCUAAUUGGAUUAUCGCGGAUUUCACGCCUGACUGGGUGGCUGAUAUCGCGCGAGAACUUGACAUCCCCCUCCUUAAGUUCAGUGUCUUCACUGCUGCUUCACAGGUCUUCUACGGGCUCCCAAAACCUAGAGGUGGGGAGUCCCUAGUACAAACCGGAUCGCAGCCAUUGCAUGAACUUUUGACAUCACCACCACCAUGGGUGAACUUCCCAUCUAGGGUUGCUUUUCGGAAACGCGAAGCUCUAGAACUAGUUUCUUUUUUCCGUGCAGAGAAUUGUUCGCGCGAAACUUUAGUGGGACAUAAUUUCGCAAUUGAAGACGCAUGUAGAGCUAUGGCUAUACGUACUUGCCCUGAAUUUGAAGGUGAUUAUGUAGAGACGUAUAAAAAACUCUUUAAAAAGCCACUGAUUCCGAUCGGAUUGCUACCACCAGAAGAAUUACCGGCGGAUGAAAGAACUCUUACUUGUCAGCCAUAUUGGGAGAAGAUGUCCAAAUGGCUCGACGAACAAAAAUCAAGAUCAGUUGUGUUUGUGGGAUUCGGCAGUGAAUGUAAACUUAGCAAGAAUCAAAUAUAUGAAAUAGCAAACGGACUACAAAUCUCAGGACUACCGUUUCUUUGGAUACUACAGAAGCCCCAUUGGGCUUUAAACGACAGUGAUGCUUUGCCGUCAGGUUUUGUUGCCGAAACGGUGGAGAGAGGGUUGGUGAACAUUGGUUGGGCACCACAGAAGGAAAUUCUUGCACAUCCGUCUAUUGGAGGAUCCCUCUUUCAUGCCGGAUGGGGUUCAGCCAUUGAAACUUUACAGCUUGGUCAUGUUCUUGUGGUGUUGCCUUUUGUUUUCGACCAGGGAUUGAAUGCAAGAUUGUUAGUAGAAAAAGGUGUGGCGAUUGAAGUGAAGAGGAGCGAAGAAGAUGGAUCGUUUAGUGGAAAUGACAUAGCAAUGUCAUUAAGAGAAGCGAUGGUUUUAAAGGAAGGAGAAGAGCUUAGAGCUCGAGCAAGAAAGGUUGCUGCUAUUUUUGGAGAUCGGAAGCUUCAUGACUCCUACGUCAAAAACGUUGUUGAGUAUCUGAAAAGUAAUGGUGAAAUGAAGGUUUAGUCACCAACCAACAAACUAAUGAGUCUUUAUUUCCAUUAUUAGGUACAUAGCAUUUAUGCUAUCUAGGUGCAUGUCGUUAAUUAAGUUUUUAUAGUGGCUAAGUUCAUAGUGUAUUUGGGAAUGUAUCGAAUAAGUGUGAGUGAACAAGUGUCCAUUCGGAACCGGUAAAACCUCUCCUUGUAAUGUGUUUUGUACGAGUAGAGUUUCUGAUGAAGUGAGCUGUCUAUCACCCUUUUGUCUCGUA